UGAUUUACUCUCCAAGUUUUUUGUUUGCUUGCCUUUUGCUCGCUCAAGUCCUUGCCGCCCAGAGCAUUCUCCAGGCCCUGGCGGACCUUUUUGCGCGAGAUGGUCUCGAGAUCAGCAGUGGAGAGGAUGUCGUCAAUGAUGGCGGUAUAGCGCUGGUUCUCGUCGGAGGACACUGCGGCAGAUGCUUGUUAGCCAUCGAUCGGAUGUGAUGCCAUUGUCACCGAUUCGAUUCGGGACGUUUGAUUGGCCCCAUUGGGAUGAAGAUGGAAAAGAGCAAGGUCAGGUCGGCGAAUUAAAGGGAGACGCAAGAUGGGAAAGGAAACAGGGGGUUGACUGCAGCAAAGACAAAGAGAGAUUCGUAGAAAACAAAACAAGACAAGACAGAAACGCACAUGGGAGACUCAUGUUGGCCGCGUGAUGCACAGGCCUGUUUGGUCAGGUCAGGCUUCGGGGGAUUUGUCGCGCGAAAAGAGGUGGAGCGGCGCGCGCUACACGCCAACAGAAGGAGCUUCAGUUUCGGAUCGGAUCAGAGCAGGGCAAAAAGGCGACGGACGAGGCUGGAGCGACAGACGGACAGGACGGGAGCGCGCACCAGCUCAGCGGUCUCAGAGCAUAGCCUUGCGGGUUGCGCGGAUGCUGGUUGGAGCAGAGGCCCGAUGGUUUGAUUCGAUUCGCAGCUCAAGUUCUUGGUCCAGCUUUUUUUUUUCAACUUCUUUCUUCUGCGCUCGUUGCAGCACGCGGGGCACUCACUGGCCGGAAGCGUCGAUGCUGGGCGGGUUUAGCAGAAGAAGGCAGAAGAACACGACGGAGAUGCAGCAGCUUCAGGCGACGCAGCAGAGGCAGAGAGGCAAAAAGGUGCAGCAACAACGAGAUCCAAGGGCUUCGCUCGGAUUCUGAUGCUUCUCUGCGCUGGCGGUUUUUCGGGUCGGUACGUUGCGGGUGCGGUGACGUUCCCCGUGCGACGGAUAAAGGUGGAUCACGAGGCUCCCAAAGGUCCAAAGGGCCAAAAGCCGCUGCGGCUUAGCGUCAGCCCUCUGGAGCGACAGGGCGCUUGAUUGGGCUCGGCA